GUUCUGACUGAGUGGUUUAUUGAGUUGACAGUGUUGCUGAUGUUAUUGUUUCGUACGAAAUUAGGGCUGACUUAUGUAGGAAAUGGUUUUAGAAUAUUAGGUAACUCUAUUGAAAUUAAAUGUAAUGAACUUAUAUUUAAAAGAGGUUAACAAUGGAUUUGAUCCCAAAUUGGGCUCCCGUUUAUGGGGGGAAAGCCAUUCAUCUUCAAUUAGACCUAUCAUCCUUUCCACCAUUAUCUUCAGAAGAGGUUGAAGAAGGAAAAUUUUACUUUGUUUUUCUGGGUUCAAGGCUGAGGCAUGUUACUCCUGCAAAAGCCACAUGGAGUCCUGGUUCACUGAUACUGAAAAGUCACAUUCCUGGGCAUGAUAAAGUGGAGCCCGUUUACUUUACUGCAUAUGUAUCAUAUCUUGGAGAAGAAAGGCCCAUCAGCUCAUCGAAAUUUCAGUAUGUUUCUGAUUAUGCUUACCAGAUGGCUACAUUUCUUUCUGACAGUGUGGAUAACAGUGAUGCUCUAAGUAACUUAGAACAAGUAUGUUCAGAAAAAUUUCAGAUAACUGCUGAAGCUCAAGCUAAUCUUGAUAGUCGACUUACUGCUGCAUUUAAAGCCUUGCAUCGUCCACCAAACUGGAGUAUAGUUGGAUCACGAUCAGAAGUGUUAGAACAGCAAGAGACAUUGUUACACUUUGCUGCACGACUAGGUCUUCGUCAGAUGACAGAGGAGCUGUUGACACUCCCAGGAAGUCUUUCAGCUCUACAUACACCUAACUUGGAUGGUUUCAGACCUGAUGAUGUAGCCUCUUCAGCUGGAUUUCUGGACUUAGCAAAUAAAUUGGCAAUGGCACGUAAAGAAGCCUGUAAUAAGAAUAGUAGUGAUAGACAGGCAGUUGUGACAAAAAACCUAACACAUGGAAGAUUAGCACGGAAACCACCUGUGGUUACUUCCAACCUCGGCUGGAGUUACAGAGAUCUUGAUUAUGAUAUUGGAGAGUUGGAACGACUGAUAAGUGAUGCUUCAUACAGCAGUGAAGACGACAGACGUGGUUCAAGGAAAACGGGUUUAAUAUCUGAAUCUCUUUCAGGAGAAUCGGAGAGUGAACAAGAACAAAAGAGUGAAGAAGAAAGUAUGACAGAGAGUAAACGAGAUGGAAAAGAAUCACUUUAUCAUCAUCAAAGCAGAGCAGUACCAUCAAUUAGUGUAACCACCCAUUCCCCAAGACCCACAAGAGUACUUGAAAAGAACCUGAAACGCCUCCAAGAUAUACAAGAGGAAAUUCAACGAUUGAGAGAAAUGAAUAACAAACAGUUGGAGCUAAGGAGAAAACAGAGAGGUUUGACCACCAGAUUGAGCUCAUCGUGCCCUAUUCUAACUCCAGAAGUGGCUUUAACAGGGAUUAAUGAAGAGCCAACCCAACAUGGAAGAAGGUUAGGCUUUAUCACCAUGACUAGUUAUAGUCUACCUCAGAAAACCUACCUUGCCAAUGAUCAACGUUAUACUAAAUCAUUAACAGAAGCAACUAACGUCAAGAUCCAAGUCAAUGAUGUCACUCCUUCUAACUCUCAAGAAUUUCUGAACUUUGUUAGUACUGCUGAAGGUAGGAUUCGGUCAGUGAAAGCCCAUAGUAACACGCCAUCUUCUAGAAGACAGAUUGGGGGUACUUCAUCACAGAGGUGUGCACAAAAGUCAGGAAAGAAAGAGUUACCACGACGAAAAAGUUGGUCAGCCAUGUAUGAAGAAGAGAUGGGUGAUGGGAGUGAAGUUCUGAGAAGCAUGAGUUUGAGUAGCUUAAAUUCGGACACAGAAGAAGCAUUUUAUGAUGCUAUGGAUGGAACUUCAUUCUCCGUUGGAAGGUCCACAAAAGAGCACAAUGAAGGACAACCCUUAAAUCAUGGAGGAUGUAGUUACGAGAAGCAACGCAGUUUUUCAGCUGGAAGUGAAGAAAUGACUCAUCUAUCUCUUUCUAGUCAAGGCACCAGGUCAUCAGGUCAUAGUAUGUCCAACAUUGCAGAAUGUGCCAAGCACUGUGAAGAAAGCAAAGGCUUAGACAGCAGUGAUCCUAGAUGUCAGACCUCCACCUGUCUUUUGGAACCAUGGUCUCCUCUGCAAAAGUCUGUUUCUACCCCUUCCAUUUUUGCAGCCCAACAAACAGCAGAGGGGUUUGAAGAAAUAGCAGAAGCUGGAGAUGGUUUAUUUAAUUUCAAUCCACUCGACAUGUGUGACCUGGACGAUGAGCUUAGUGUUGGUAUGUUGCCUGAAGAUGAAGAAUCUAGUUUUCCUUUGGCCCAAGUGUCAUUAGCUGAUUUGUUGAGAAGCUAUCAAAACCAGAAUUACUUGACUGGUCAGGAUAGUGACGAUGAUAAACCAUUUGGAAAAAGGAAGAAGAGAGGGAGUCUUUUCUUCAGAAAAAGAAAGAGUAAGCAUGAAGAAAAAGACAAAGAGAACAGGAAGUCUGCCCACCAGUUUGUUUCUAUUUGUUACAGUAUAGCGGCUGAUUGUGAUGUGUGUAACAAGCCUCUGGCCAAUAAGCCAGCUCUUCGCUGUGAAAAUUGUUUGGUAGCAGUUCACUCAAGCUCGUGUAAGGAUCAAAUUAUUGACUGUACAAAAUUCAAAAGUUCAAGGGUUAAACCUUUGAAUCCUCCCACUUCUAAGGAAAGGUCUUCAGUUCCUGUACUUCAGGUUCCAACAAGUCGUGUUCCUCAUUAUCCAUACCGCUAUCGUCAUCUCGUCAGACCUGUAUCUCAGAGUAUGACUCAUCUAGUCACCAGUAAAUCUCGGAACAACACACAGCCUGUAAAAGACAAAAAAUUUACUGACCAAACACUAGUUGCAAAGUCACAGCUCCAAGGUGCAUCUACAGUCGACGCACCAGUCAAGACAAAUUCUUCAUUGCCGUCAUCAGGUAUGCCUAACAGGGCUUACACUCCCAGAGGCUCGACGCAGUGGCGUAGGGUUGCCACUAAGCUGGGAGUCAACAAAGUAAUUAAUGAAGAAAAAGAAGCAGAUCCAAUCGAUGACACCAGUUCAAAUAUUGUGGACAUUAAUUCAGCUUCUUUGGAGUCUCUUGAAGAUGCGUGUCAAGAAAUCAGUGAUUUAGAAGAUGAUCCUGUCCUUCAGUUAGCGGUUGAGGAAUCUGCAGUGUGGAGUACCACAGUAGACAAGAAGAUUUUGAAGAAGCUAAAAGACAGAGAAGUAAAAAGACAAGAGUCAAUUUAUGAGUUUAUUCUAACAGAAAAACAUCAUUGUUUAACUCUGAAGAUAAUGCAGAAGGUGUUUGCUCAGGGAAUGAUUAAAGAGGUAGGACUGACUAAGGACCUAGUUGAUCGUAUUUUUCCCUGCUUGGAAGACUUGCUAGAGAUUCAUUCAAGCUUUUUAAGAAAACUUCGGGAAAGGCAGCAUCAGGACAGAACAGUUGAAAAGAUUGGAGACAUUCUUUAUGAGCAGUUUCAGGGAGAAACAGCAAUUCAGUUGAGAACAGCCUAUGGUCAGUUUUGUAGCAGACAUAAAGAAGCUCUGUCAUUGUACAAAGAUAUUCUUAAAGCUGAUAGAAAGUUCCAGAACUUUAUCAAGCGAUGUAGUUUGAUCCCUGUGUGCAAAAGCAGAAGAAUUCCAGAAUGUAUUCUUUUGGUAACUCAGCGAGUAACUAAGUAUCCCUUGCUAAUUGAUUCCCUCAUCAAGGCCACCAAAGAUGAUAAGACAGAACAGCGUGUUCUUUCAGAAUCAUUAAGUAAUGUCAAGGAUAUUAUCAGCCAAGUUAAUACUCAAGUGGCAGAAAAUGAGAGACAGCAGCGGUUAUUGGAAAUGUACAACAAAGUGGAUGCAAAAUCAACUGCUUAUUUUCGGGGUAAAAAAUUCAAGAAAUCUGACUUGUUGUCAGGAGGACGUAAGUUAUGUUAUGAAGGUACCAUUUCUCUAAGAACUGCUCGAGGGAAAACUUCAUGUGUUGUGUCACUGCAGAAGUUGCUAGUAAGAGAGAAGGCUGGCCAAGACAGUAGAGGUAUCUAUUUAAUUAGUUCCAAUCCCAAUGAACCUGAAAUGUAUGAGAUGAUAUGCUACACGGCUAAGGAACAGAAGACAUGGGUUGAAGUCAUUAAAAGUGCAAUAGAACAUUGUCCAACCUUGGAUGAAGGAAUUCCAAAUGAGAAUGAAGAAGAGAGAAAAUCAGAAGAAGCAAAGUCGGCAAAAAUAAAAGAAUUGAUAGGUCAGUUAUAUGAAAAAGAUCUAACUAUAGCCCAUUUGUGUGAAGAUAAAAUGCAUAUUUUUGCAAACAUUAUGGAGCUCCUAGGCGUUGAUCCUGAGCCAAUAGAAAAUAUAAAAUACACACAUUUACUAGAAAGACAAAAUGGACCAGAAACUAAAGAAAUCGUUUUUUCUGCAUUAAACGAAGCCACCCAGCUUGCUAAUACGCUUUAUGCAACUGGUACCAACCUAAGUCGUAGUGUGAGUAGUGCCGGAGAACAUCAGAGUGAGGCUUACUAUUCGCCCGUUUUACCAAAACGGGCAGAAACAUUUGGUGGAUUUGAUAAUCCUAACAAAGAACAAAAUAACUCCAACAAAAGUACUGGUAAGGUGUUUAAAACUAUACUUUUUCAAUCAAUCUGA